AUGUUCCCAGCCGGGCAACCUCUGAGACUGCGUGCAUGGCUUGCGGUCCCUCCAUCAAGAGGCCUACCGCGGGUAUCGCCUGAAAACGUCUGGAGGCCAAGGCCAAAGCGGCGCCUUCUUCGAGCCUCGGCCUCGGCCUCAGCGGCCGAGCUCGCCGAGCUUCCCUUGCGGAAGCGAUGGCCUUGGUCCAGCUUCCGCGGAGUGCGCGCGGCGCAUGGGCUCUCUGCCCUGGUCGCAUGGUCGGCUUACACAAGGCUGCGGGGUCGGAGGACCUUCUGUUUUACAGCCCUCCUGGUGUCGCGACUGGCUCUCUUACUGAAUUCCGUGAUGUUUGCCUCACUCGCUCGGCAAGCCGAUGGCCUCAUGGGGCCAGAUGGAAUCUCCCCGCUUGUGCCGAGCACUGACAAGGAACAAGGCCCAAGCUGGUGGGACAGCUUGCUUCUAAGACACCUGCAAUGCGCAAGGCCUAGCCGCACCGCUCGUUUGUGUUCGGUCGUUGCGAUUCUUUCUUGCUUCUUGCCGGUGUGUGCUGUCAGCGGGCUGGCUGUUGGACUUAUCCUGGUAUGGCUGUCGGUGGUGUACCGUGGCUACAUGCAGGCGGACUUCUUGCACUACCAGUGGGAUGCCUUGGCGCUGGAACUUAGCGCCCUGGCAGCCGUUGCUGCUAUGGCAAGCAUCCCUCGCUCCUGUGUUGUGAGGGAGGGCUGUGCCGCCCUCUCGAUGCACUGCUUUGCUCUCCUUGGCUUUAAGCUGAUGUGGGGCUCCUGUCUUUGUAAGCUAUUCUCCAACUGCCCCGAAUGGAAUUUUGGAACGGCCAUGCAGCACCAUCAUCGCACCACGUGCUUACCAAAGCCUUUCGCCCGUGCGCUGCACCUCUGGAGCCGGAGCUCUUCUCGGUUUUCCGAAGCACAGGUCCAGGCGACACUGUGGUCCGAGGGCCCGUUCUCCUUGCUGGCACUGCUCGGAUGGCCCUGGGGCCGGAUCCUCUGUGCGCUUCUCUGGUGUCUCUUGAUGCUCACCAUUGCAGCUUCCGGGAAUUAUGGCUUCUUCAACUUGCAGACAUGCGUGAUCGCAGCGGCGCUUCUGGACGACAGCCAAUUGGGACGUGUGGUCUGCUACCCUGCGCGGCCCGACCUGCCAAUGGCUCUGCCUGCAUGGUUUGCGCUUGAUGGCAUCCCGUGGGCGCUGACUUUCUGCUAUUGGGCCAUGUACAGUGCAGCGACGGUGUCGGCCAUCUACCGUAUCAGCCGUGUGCGGCCCCCGGAGCUCUUUCGACAAGCCGAGGAGUUUCUGUCGUCCGCCCAGCUCGCUUGCCGAUACGGCCUGUUCGCAAGGAUGACGACCACCAGAGAUGAAGUGGUGAUACGAGAACUUCACCAGCUGCCCCAAGAUUUGGGUCAACUGGCCAUCAGAGACGGGCUGGCGACCAAGGCGGACGGCAAUACUUAUUGGGUGGAACUGGUCUUCCCGCAUAAGCCUGGCCCUCUAAGUCGUCCCCCGCCCGUCCUUUUCAUGCACAUGCCGCGAUUGGAUUGGCAGCUUUGGUUUGUCUCGCUGCAGUGGGCGCAGAGUUCCGACACCCCGCCCUGGUUUCAACGCUUCCUGCAGUGUCUGCGUGAGCGACGAGCGAGCGUUCUUGGGUUGGUGGAGCACAAAUCACAGCACCCCGUGCAGGAGCUUAUCCUGCUACAGUCGCCCAGAGCGACACAUGUUAGUUUCGAAGAUUACGAAUUUUGCAUGCCCAGCAAAGACAUUGGCAUCACAAAGACUGAUGGCAACUGGGAGUGCGGAGAGUGGUGGUGCCGGAGAUCCGAAGUGCCCACCUCCAGCCCGUUUCAGCAACUGGGAGAAUGGACUGACUGGUUUUCCUAG